CAUGCAGCAGGUCCUGUAAAGGGCUCACAGACAGGAGUGGCCAGCAGUAGGACCAGGCAACAGUGCCUGGGAAGCCUGGCUCUGACCUGCCCGAGUCACACUGGAAGACUUCCUGGAAGAGGCUGAGACUUGACGGUGGCGUUGGGCCUAGAAGCAGUACAGCCUUUGCCAGAGGACAACAGCUGCCCUAGCAGAGCAGGCGGAGCUGGGGCAGCAGGGUGGAGCCAGCACCAUGGGGGAUCCUUACAGGAUGCCCUCGGGAAGCAGGGUUAAUCAUUAUCAUGUAGCCUUGACCCCACCUGCCCUGGCCACAUUCCCUGGUUACUCUUGUUCCUGCUACACCUCAACGGCAACUCAGGAGGAGCCAUGGGGCAACGGGCCUGGCUCUCUAGCCUCUGUCCCUUACCCAGGCCGUGUCCCUUCCUGCUGCUCCUGCUGCUCCUGCUGCUCCUGGUGGCACCUCGGGGGGCCCAGCCCCAGGCUGGCAGGAACCACACAGAGCCCCCAGGACCUAAUGUUACAGCCACCCCCAUGAUCCCCACGAUCCCUGAGACCUCUGGGAACAUCAACACCUCAACAGAAGGUGCUCCAGAGGCAGAGGCAGAGACUGAGGGACCCCAAAGUGAGAGGUACCUUCCUCCCUCCAGCAGCAGCCCCCCUGGGGGCCAAGUGCUCACCGAAUCUGGGCAGCCAUGCAGGUUCCCUUUCCGCUACGGUGGCCGCAUGCUGCACUCCUGUACCUCUGAGGGAAGUGCCUACAGGAGGUGGUGCGCUACAACACACAACUAUGACAGAGACCGGGCCUGGGGCUACUGUGUAGAGGCCACCCUGCCUGUGGAAGGCCCAGCUGUCCUUAACCCUUGUGCCUCUGGGCCCUGCCUCAAUGGGGGCACAUGUUCCAGCACCCAUGACCAUGUGUCCUACCACUGCGCUUGCCUGCCGGCCUUCACAGGCAAGGACUGUGGCACAGAGAAAUGCUUUGAUGAAACACGCUACGAGUAUUUUGAGAUGGGCGACCACUGGGCCCGUGUGAGCGAGGGACACGUGGAGCAGUGCAGCUGUAGUGAGGGCCAGACCCGGUGUGAAGACACCCACCACACAGCUUGUCUGAGCGGCCCAUGUCUGAACGGAGGCACCUGUCACCUGAUUGUGGGCACAGGGACCAGCGUCUGCACCUGCCCCUUGGGCUAUGCUGGGCGGUUCUGCAACAUUGUUCCCACAGAGCGCUGCUUUCUGGGAAAUGGUACGGAGUAUCGUGGUGUGGCCAGCACCACUGCCUCAGGUCUGAGCUGCCUGGCCUGGAAUUCUGACCUGCUCUACCAGGAGCUGCAUGUGGACUCAGUGGGUGCUGCUGUGCUGCUUGGCCUGGGCCCUCAUGCUUACUGCCGGAACCCAGACAAGGACGAGAGGCCUUGGUGCUAUGUGGUGAAGGACAACGCACUGUCAUGGGAGUAUUGUCGCCUGUCAGCCUGUGAAUCCCUGGCCAGAGUCCAUUCCCCGGAGGUCCUAGCAACCCUGCCUGAGUCAACCCCAGCUGCACGUCCAACCUGUGGCAAGAGGCACAAGAAGAGGACGUUCUUGAGGCCACGAAUCAUUGGUGGCUCAUCAUCUUUGCCUGGCUCACACCCCUGGCUGGCCGCCAUCUACAUUGGGAAUAGCUUCUGUGCUGGGAGUCUUGUCCACACCUGUUGGGUAGUGUCUGCAGCCCACUGCUUCUCCAACAGCCCCCCCAGGGACAGCAUCACAGUGGUACUGGGUCAGCACUUCUUCAACCGCACCACGGAUGUGACACAGACAUUUGGCAUUGAGAAGUAUGUGCCCUACACCCUGUAUUCGGUGUUCAGCCCCAGCGACCAUGACCUUGUCUUGAUCCGGCUGAAGAAGAAGGGAGAACGCUGUGCUGUCCGCUCCCAGUUUGUUCAGCCCAUCUGCCUGCCUGAGGCAGGCAGCUCCUUCCCUUCUGGACACAAGUGUCAGAUUGCAGGCUGGGGCCACAUGGAUGAGAAUGUGAGCGACUAUUCUAGCUCCCUGCGCGAGGCACUGGUCCCCCUUGUUGCUGACCACAAAUGUAGCAGCCCUGAGGUGUAUGGUGCCGACAUCAGCCCCAACAUGCUCUGUGCCGGCUACUUCGACUGCAAGUCCGAUGCCUGCCAGGGGGACUCAGGUGGGCCGUUGGUCUGUGAGAAGAACGGUGUGGCUUACCUGUAUGGCAUCAUCAGCUGGGGUGACGGCUGUGGGCGGCUCAACAAGCCAGGAGUCUACACCCGUGUGGCCAAUUACGUGGACUGGAUCAAUGACCGCAUUCGACCGCCUAAGCGACCUGUGACUGCCUCCUGAAUUCUGGUGCCCAGGGAGAGGAUGCUCAUAAUUCCCUUUCUACUGCCAACAAUAAAAAUGUUUCCAAGAA